AUGGCGGACGAACUAGGUGGGCACACAUCAUCGCGUCCAAAUAAAUCGAGUUUGCCGGCUUUACAGCUGCCCCGAUUUAACGGAAUGGUUACAGAAUGGCCGGAUUUUUGGGCCAUGUUUCAUGUUAUCGUAGGUCAAGAAUCGACACUGACCAACAUCGAAAAGUUCCAGCACUUGAGGUCAUGCCUAAGCGGCAUCGCAUUGGAUGUAGUCCGUUCCUUGGAAAUAAAUGAUGCGAAUUACGAAAAAGCGGUAAAAUUAUUAAAGGCAAGAUUUGACAUUAAGAGAGUUCAAUUUCAGGCACACAUCAAAGAUAUUUUCGGGCUGGAUAAAGUGCCCGAUGGUUCAGCAGUUUGCAUACGGGAGCUCAGCGACAAGGUCACUAGUCAUCUGCGUGCAUUACAAACCAUCGCCACAAAUGAGGAGUUGCUGGAUGGUUUACUCACGCAUUUAGUCAUCAGCAAGGCAGACAUUGGUACUCAAGCGAAAUGGGAAGAAGAAGCACCAAAUCAAAAUUUGCCUUCGUGGGAUCUUGUUGCCAAUUUUUUGGAAAGGAGAGUUCGCAUAUUGGAAAGCGUCAAUACAAUUACUGCAGCCCCCACAAAACAGGUGACAAGUAGAAAAAAUAAUCGUAGUCAAUCGUUUGUUACCACUAGAGCCAUCAAAAAUUGUGUAUUUUGCAAUGCAACUCAACAUACAAUCUUCACUUGUUCUCAAUUUUUAAACCUUUCACCUUCGUUAAGCUUUCAAGAAGUUAAAAAGUAUCAACUUUGCAUUAAUUGUCUAAAAAAGGGACAUGUCGUCAAAAAUUGUAAGUCAAGCAGCUGCAAGCAUUGCUCAGCUAAGCAUAAUACACUUCUUCAUUUUUCGCAAUCUCCGCAAACAAUUUCGCAAGACACAGGUGCACCUCCUAGUGCCAAGACAUCCCUUGUCGUAGAGCAUCCCGAGCAGACCUUUCACCCAUCUCCUAAAGGUGUAGUAAUGCUAGCCACUGCCAUUGUGAUGCUAAAAAGUCGUCAAGGUACUUUCAUACCGUGCAGAGCCCUACUUGAUUCCGCUUCUCAACUUCAUUGCAUAACAGCAAAUAUGGCUAAUCAGUUGCAAAUUAAGAAGUCAAAGGCUACUACGCAUAUUUCGGGAAUCGGUCAAUCAGACAUAACCUCGAGCGAGUAUGCAACUACGCUAUUACAAUCGGUAGAUCGUACAUAUUCAACACCUAUUUCGGCCGUUGUUGUGCCAACAAUAACCACAUAUCAACCUGAAGCAAACAUCUCGAACGUCGAAUGGAAGAUUCCAUCCAAUAUCUCGUUAGCGGAUCCAUCCUUUUUCAAAUCCCAGAAAAUUGAUCUUUUAAUCGGAGCUAGUCUGUUUUUUGAGCUGCUAUGCGUAGGACAAAUUCGCAUAAGCAAAGGCCUACCGGUACUGCAAAAAACAAGGUUAGGUUGGGUCGUGUCAGGAAAUUUCGAUUGCUCCUCAACUAAAUUUGUACACUCCGUUGCUAUUAGGGAAUGCACAUCUGAUCGAAUGGAUUGCGACCUUAAUGAGUUAGUCAAAAAAUCUUGGGAGGUAGAGGGACACACUAUGGAAAAUGUGAAGCGUUCUAAGGAAGAUUUGGCCUGUGAAGAACACUUUAUCAACAAUUAUUGUCGAUUAACUUCAGGAGAAUACUUAGUUAGCUUGCCUUUUAAAUCAAGUAUUUCGCAAUUAGGCGAUUCUUAUUCGCAAGCAGUACGUCGUUUUCAAAAUCUCGAGAAAAGAUUCACACACAACUCCGAGUUAAAGGAACAAUAUUCUAAGUUCAUAACUGAAUAUGCUCAACUUAAACAUAUGUCACCGGUAGGAGUCAUUCCCAGGGGUGUUCACACAAACUUCCUACCUCAUCACUGCGUGAUAAAGGCAGACAGCACCACCACUAAAUUGCGCGUAGUAUUUGAUGCGUCCGCUCCCACCAGUUCUGGAUUUUCGUUGAACGACCUGUUGAUGUCAGGUCCAGCAAUACAAUCCAGAUUAAUUGACACGUUGUUAAGAUUUCGAUCGCACAAAUUCGCUUUGACAGCCGACAUUUGCAAAAUGUAUCGGGCCGUCAAGAUAUCCAAAUCUGAUAGUUUUUUGCAGUGCAUAUUAUGGCGCGAUAAACCCAACCAGGAGUUCAAGAUAUAUAAGCUAGAUACAGUCACUUAUGGUACCAAGCCCGCUGCAUUUCUGGCCAUUCGGGCAAUGCAGCAGCUCGCAAUUGAGGAAGCAAGGAACUAUCCCCUUGGUUCAGAAAUCGUCUUGCGCGACUUCUAUGUCGAUGAUUUAAUAUCAGGCGGAGCGUCUGAGAAACAAGUAUUGCAAAUAAUGACACAGACGGAGCAGCUUUUAAAAAAGGGUAACUUCAUACUAAGAAAAUGGUGCUCAAACAGUGUAAACAUUUUGCGAAAAAUUGACCCAGCACAUCGUGAGAAAUUUUUAAAGUUCGGGGAUGGCAUUGAUAUCACUAAAGCCUUAGGGCUGGCAUGGGACCCUAAACGCGAUCAUUUUCUUUUCCUCUGGGAUCCACUUCCUGAACCGGCACGAGCAACGAAACGAAACGUCUUAUCAGUAAUUGCUAGAUUUUACGAUCCACUUGGCCUCAUUGGUCCCGUUGUGCUAAAGGCUAAGGUAAUAUAUUUUUACAAAGUUUGUGGAAAGAGAAGCUAG